AUGUCUUCUAGACCAGUUAGUCGCCCCUGGACCGCCCAAUCACGCUCUUAUUCGACGACGGAGCAAAGCCGACCUUGGACAGGUGUCACAGGACAAUCUCGUCCUACAACAGCGCGUCCACAAACCUCGGCUUCUGUUAGAUACGAUGGCUCAUACGUGCUAGCUGUGCUCGAAGGACGCGGUGUCUCGAGGGAGGUCGGAAUUGCCGCUCUAGACAAGGAUACCGGGAAAGUCAUGCUUGUUCAGGUUCGCUAUCCUCCUCAUGUAGAAUAUAUGCGCCUUUUACAGUGA